AUGCCUGCACCAUACGAGCUCAUCUAUUGGCCUGGAGCCCCCGGCAGAGGCGAACAUGUUCGACUCGCCCUGGAGGAAUCAGGUGCCACCUACUCUGACACGGCUCGCCUGGGCAUGGAAGAGUGCGGGGGUAUUGUCUGGGCUCAGAUGGGCGACACCAACUUUGGGGAUAAGGCCAAUGCCCCUCCCUACUCGCCCCCCAUUCUCAAGCACGGGGAUCUUCUGAUACCCCAGACAAGCAAUAUUCUCAUGUACCUGGCGCCCAGGCUUGGCCUCGCUCCGACCGACGAUGCCCUUGCCAUCUACAGAUUGAAUGCCCUUGUCCUCACAGCCCUAGACGGCCUGAGCAAUGAGGUUCACGACACCCACCACCCCAUUGCCAAGGAACUCUCAUACGAGGACCAAAAGACGGAGGCCCUGCGGCGCGGCCAGGAGUUUGUCAAGACUCGCCUGCCCAAGCACCUUAGCUACUGGGAGCGUGUGCUCAAGGGCGAGGCAAGCGGAGACGGACCCUGGCUGCACAACGGCACCUUCACCUACGCAGACCUUGUGAUGUUCCAGUGCAUCGACGGCACAUUGUUUGCCUUCCCAAAAGUCAUGGCAGCUGCCAAGGAGUCGGGCAAGUAUGACAGAGUGUUUGCGCUGUAUGAAGCUGUCAAGGCAAGGCCACGCAUUGCAGCAUACCUUGCCAGUGAGAGACGGCAGAAGUACUCUAUUGGCAUCUACCGUUACUACGAGGAGAUGGAUGUUGUUCCAACAGAGGAUAAAUAA